ACUCGGGGGGAAGAUGUCGAGGAUAGGGCUUCUCUGCGUCGCCUUGUCCCUCUUGGUGGCCGAGAGCAGGGAGCUUUCCAUCGCCAAUAGCCGCUGCCACGAAGGCAUGAUGUCCAGAUCCGUCGACAACCUCUACCUCAAAGUGACCAGAUUCAAGGCCUCCGUUCCAGAAGACGGCAUCAAAAACAAAAAGCUGCUAAAAAAGAAAACCAAAAGGCUGAUUACGAAAAACUGCCGAUUUCGAGAUCAGCUCUUGACCUUCUACUUGGAGGAUGUCUUUGGGAGUCAUCAUCUCCCGGUCGGCGGAGAGUUGCGCAUCGUCGAAGACUUCCAGCGGCUGAAAGAGGUCUUGAAUCGAUGCGUUCCAUGUGCUCCUUCCUCUAGAGAGAUGAAGCCCAUUACCAAGAUGAAGGAACUGUUUUAUAAGCUUGGAAACAAGGGAGUCUACAAAGCCAUCGGUGAACUUGAUAUACUCCUUCCGUGGAUCAAAUCCUACAUAGAUAACUUUAAAUAA